UCAGGCUUUAGCAGCAGCAGCAGCAGCGGCGAGGCGGAGGCGCAACAAGCUCCGGGGCACAAACAAGACUUGAGACGACCUCACCGAGAGCUCUGCGGAGUUAGCAGUGAAACCUGACGGUGGACCCGGGAUUGCGGUGAUGGCGUGGUCGCAUGUGCAGCCUGCACUGUUUGUGUGGAGAUGGUUUUAACAGAUGCUGUUCUGGAGGACUCAGGAACAUUGCACUGGCCUGGAGAAACCUCAUAAUCGCAACACAACACACUGAAACACAAAAGGAUAAAAAUAUAUAUACAUCACUGCUGUGCAGUGAAGAAAAAAAAAAAAGACAGGUGUGUGGACAUACAGCAUAAGCUUCACUUAAAGGAUACACAUAUCUGCACCUCCUGUGCUCGUUCAUCUUUUUACUCAAACACUACAGGCAUCCAAGGUCCUCUCCUACGAGAGCGUGUGAAAUUUAUUUCUUCCUGUCAGCCCAGUCUUCACCGCCACCAUGCCGAGCACCAUCCGCCGACAGAUGAAAAACAUGGUUAACAACUACUCUGAAGCAGAGAAGAAAGUCAGGGAGGCCACGUCCAAUGACCCCUGGGGCCCGUCAUCUUCACUCAUGUCAGAGAUUGCUGACCUCACCUACAACGUGGUGGCCUUCAGCGAAAUCAUGAAUAUGAUCUGGAAACGUCUCAACGACCACGGCAAGAACUGGCGUCACGUUUACAAAGCACUGACCCUGCUUGACUACCUGAUCAAGACGGGCUCAGAGAGAGUGGCACUGCAAUGCAAGGAGAACAUCUUCGCUAUCCAGACCCUGAAGGACUUCCAGUAUAUUGAUCGAGACGGCAAAGACCAGGGCAUCAACGUCAGGGAGAAGAGCAAGCAGCUAGUGAUCUUACUCAAAGAUGAGGACCGCCUUAAAGGGGAGAGGUCUCAGGCUUUGAAGACCAAAGAGCGUAUGGCCCAGGUUUCCACGGGGAGCAGUCAGAUGGGGUUCGGUCGAGGCUCAUCUCAACCCAACCUUUCUACAUCCUACAGUGAAGAGUAUGGCAGAUCAGAGGGCUCGCCUGCCUCCUACCAUGGCUCCACAUCUCCCAAUGCGGGUUCAGAGCUGGAGCAGGCAAGACCUCAGACUAGCGGAGAAGAGGAACUACAGCUACAACUUGCCUUGGCCAUGAGCAGAGAAGCAGCAGAACAGGAGGAACGCCUACGUCGAGGAGAUGACCUGAGACUACAAAUGGCCUUGGAGGAAAGUAAGAAAGGAGGUCCAGAAUCUGGAAAACUGCCCAAGAAGAAGAACGAGCCACAGUCAUCUUUGAUGGAUCUGAUGGACGUUCCUGAGCCAAGUGCGAGUGCUGACGCCUGGGGGGCUGGAGCUGGAGCUGGAGCCGGAGCCGGGGCCGGGGCCGGAGCUGCUGCUGCCUCAGCAGACCCGUGGCAGCCUUAUGGUUCUGCCCCAAGGCCAGCAGUGCCAGUGGACCCGUGGGGAACUCCUCCUUCUGUUCCACCCAUGAAGAGCGGAGAUCCCUGGGCGGCCAACUCCACUCCUGCUCCAGACCCCUGGAGCUCUGCAGCUGCACGCCCCAAGACUUCCAAUGCAGGUAGCUUUGACCCAUUCAGUACAUCCAAUGGUACGUCCAAAGAAGACUUCUCAGAGUUUGACAGCCUGCGCUCUUCCUCCUCUGUCCGCACUGGUGAUGGGGGCAUAGCGUCCUCUGUGCCCUCCCAAGUCAGUCUGGCUAGCAGCAGCAGCCUGGACCUGUUCGACCCCCUCCCCACCUCCACGUCUAACUCCUCUAUCACCACAAACCCGACCAGAAAGACUCCCGAGUCCUUCCUGGGGCCCAACGCUGCCCUGGUCAACCUGGACUCUCUGGUGACGAGACCAGCUCAGCCGCCGCCCGCUGUUAACCCAUUCCUGGCCUCCACAGGUGGCUCUGCACCAGCUCCACAUGCCAACCCAUUCCAAGUGAGCCAGCCGGCGCCCCCCACCCUCAACCAGAUGCGCGUCAGCCCGAUGCCCUCCGGCUUCGUGGGCAUGGUGGACCCCCUGACUCAGCCCUCCAUGCCGGCCCAGGCCGUGGCCAUGGUCCCCCUGGCAGGGAUGGCCCCCCUGGGCCGCCCCAUGCCGGGGAUGGGGCUGGGCGCUGUGGGAGGAGUCGGGGUGAGUGCAGGGAUUCCAGCCUCCACGUCCAUACCCCAACCACUGAUGAGCAUGCCCCCCCAGAGCGGGGCGCAGCCUGCUGGAACCACCAACCCCUUCCUCUUGUGAAAGGCAGACCAGGGGACAAACUUGCCCGGAGAAAGCUGUUCUCUCCUUCAUUUUGGCUCCUUAAGAAGCUUCAACAUGAACGAGGAGAUGUCCCAUCCCAGUUAUCCAUUGAUAAAACACUCCUAGCCAGGUCCCGGCCUGGCUGCCUCCUUAAUUACUACACUUCCAUAUUCCUCUGUCCUGUCUUUUCUUCCUGUGCUACAAGCUGCCCGGUCCAGUGUGCUCCACGAUGAUCUGAAGAUGAGGGUGACGACCGCAAAGAGUUUGCAUCUGCCCACACACUCAAAAGUAGCAGUGGUCUUUAGUUCUAUUCCACCGAGGCAGGACAGGACCCAGUUGAACCCAUCUCCCUUCCUUCCCCCCUCGGGUUACUCCUCUCCUCUUCCACGGCCGGUGGCAGGAGAGUCUAACUGUACUAAUGCCAGGAUCUUAUCUCUUCACUAGGACUAAUCUUUUAUAAGCCCUGUCAGCUGGUGUGUGUGUCUCUGAGUGUGUGAGUGCACAUCUCAGUACUUUUACACUGUGUAUAUUCCAGUGAGUUCUACUUGGACACACUGGAGUAAUGUUGCGAGACGGACAGCCGUGUUUAUACUCUUUGUAUGUAUGCGUUACAGAGCAGGAAUUUUGCACAAUUUUUGCUUCUUCUUUUUUUUUUUUAUUUUUUUUUUUACUUUCUGUGACUGUUGGGUUCACCGUUACACCUUAGCUUAGGGAGGAAGUCUGACGAAACAACCGAGAUGAAACACAUGCUGCCUCGGCUGCAGUAUCACUCCGUCACAACGCCCCCCACCCCCCGCCACACACACACACACACACACACACACACACACACACACACACGAACUUUGGCUUCGACAGGUCGCAGACUGACCAAUGAACGCUUCUCAGAGGAGAUGAAACCCCUCUUUACAGUCUGAUGUUACGAAAAAAGAAGUUUUUCUUUGAUGUAUUUGUGCUUAUUGUGGAGGUGUACUGUUACUGCCCCGAUACUAACGGUCACAUGUUAACACAUUUUUCCACCCAGUCCCCCCAAACCCCCCCCGGAGAGGAUUUAUAGAGGAAAAGACAUGAACUGUGUCAGGAUCAGUAUUUUGCUAUUUGAACAAACAUGGAUGCAGGAAAGCAUUGUGGGACAAUUUUUCUUUCCUUAUACGUUUGUUUGUAGGGUCAAAGGGAUGUUGGAGGUUUUGUGUAUGUGUGCACAUGCAAGAGACAUGCACACAGCUUCCAAGUGUACUUUAAUUUGCAUUUAUUUUUUUACUUUUCAUCUUCUGUCUGUAGAAACUAAUUCAGAAUGUGCUCAUCGGUCACUGAAGUGCAGCUUUAAACAAGGGCCGUUUAGUUACCAGUCUUAAGUGUGUGUGUGUGUCUUGUGUGUGUAAAUGCGUGUGUGCAACAAUACAUCAAGGAGCAUCACUAUGGAGAUGACAUUACACAGGAAAAAUAAAGGUCUUUAGGGGCCGUGUCGGCCACUUAGCAUUGAGAAAUGAGUUUACCUGUAGGUGGAUUUGCUGUGGUAAUCUGUCCGCAAGAACAUUACCUAGUGCUCACACACACACACACACACACACACACACACACACACACACACACACUCAACUAGGGCUGUUCCACAAUCAGUCUGUUGAUAGUGCAGGGAAUCUCACAACAAACAGCAGCAACUCAUGUCCGGUUUUUCUUUUCUCUUAGCUGUAAAUCCGUAGUCACGCCUGCGUAUGUAUGUUCCAGCUGUGCACAAGCAAAGCCUUGUGUCGUCUCGCUUUCGUCCACUUUUCUGUCAUUCCUUUUUGUUUUUGUUCACCCUAUGGGUAGGCGAUGUAAUUCUCUUCUCUUAGAAGCACAACUGUUACCAAAGUCAUAGCGACUGAUUUCAGAGGACGCCGUACAUUUAAACUUUUAAACGACAUUUAAACAACAGAUUCACACUUCACUGACACUUUUCUUCUUACGUUUAUUGAAACAGGAUAUGACACUUAAAACCUUUUAUAAGUCUGAACUAAUUUACAUGUAGAGUUUGUUUAAAAAGGAAAACCUUGCUGUCGGCUGAUUGUCACUGCGUCUACAGAAAGCUGAGUGUCUCCGUCUCUGCUGGUUGAGACAACAACAAUUCAACCUGUUGUGCAGACUCUUUGUAAGCCAGUCCCACAUCUUCAAUCCUGUCACUUUAACUGCCAAUUUCAUACUUUUCUUUUCUUCAUGGUGUGGGUUGGCGCCCCCUUGUGGUUUGCUGUGCUUUUUUCCCCCCCCUCUCCACCUGCAGACCUUCAUUCUUCUCAGGCAAACAGGAGGGACAGCUCACAGUGUGUUGAUGAUUUUGGUAAUGCUAGAGGAGGCAGUGAUUGUUUUUAUACACGGAGUCCUUAAAGAAGGGAUGCAACACUCGCCUACCGAUCAGCUAACAUUUUUAACCUUUACUAAAUAUAUGCAACGAUUGGAGUAAGAGGUAAAAAAAACAAAAUAACCUGGCGCUUGAUGUGUUUUGCGAAGGUAAAUUUGCUAAUAAAGUACUGUUUUAUUGAACUGCUACUUUGAUGAUCUUAAAAUAUGUCACUUUCUCGCUCACCUCCAAUUCUACUAUAGCAAAUGUGGAGACGUUGAUUUAUGCCGUGAUUGAAAAAGGAGGUAAAAGAAAAUGAUAAACUCUACCGUCUUGAACAAUUUAUCUGAUGACACUGCAGCUGAGUGCUUUUUCUUGGUCGUUUGCUGCAGUUUCAUAAGUUGGAUUCAGUGAAAACGUGGCCUCAGUGCAACAAGCUCCUCGUGUGUCAUAUAUUCAUGCUUUUAUAAAAAGGACUAACUGACUUCAUGGACUGUCUGUGUUUAUAUGCAUACACUGACUCCUGUAUUCAUGUGUCUGUCUAGUUAUCCUUCUCAUCGUACUGGGAGCAGGCUGCUUUUUUUUUCUUUUUUAUUGGAUUCGUGCUCAACCGUUGGCAUUAUAACUGUAUAAUAUAAUUUAUCAUUUGUACUAUUGUAACAUACUGUUCUGUAUACCUUAUUCUGUGUAAUGGGUUUUUGUAGGAAAAGUCAUCGUGGUAUUUUAACGGCAUCUAAACAAGCGAACGCAGCGGGCGGCACCCUGACGGACGGGACAACUGUAGCUGCAUUGGUUCAAAAAUAAAAUGUUUCACUUCA